AUGCUGGCACAGUUGAGGAGCGAAAAGGAGGAUCCAGUGUACAGAGCUCGAUGUGGACGGCUGGACAAGUGGAAGGAACUCGUGCGAUCUGCUCAAGAACAACUCAAAUUGCCCAUUGCGGCACCAGAGCGGCUGAUGCCUGGCAACAUUGUGAUCUUUCACACUCCGAACAAUUGUGGUGUGGAGGUGGGCAUGGUGCUUACAGUAUGGAAAGGGAUCAAGCAACCGAAGCCCCAUCUGGGGGAGACUCCUAUAGCAUCCUGUCCGGCUUUCAAGGUCGCUGAGAUGGAGAUGUUGUCUGAGGAAGACCCUGCCCGAUGGAAAUGCAGCGCCACAUCAACAGCUUGGGUGGUUAGAGUCGAAUCGUUGGUGGCCAUUCUCAGCUGUGAGAAGAGCGUACAGCCAAUUGCCAGUGAUGGGACAAUGCUUUUUGUUCUCUCUUCAGAAUCGACUGAAGCUUUGUCCUCUAUUCCGGAUAUUGAGGGAUGGCUUGUGCAGCCCACAAUGAAGCGUGGGUCAGCAAAAGCAGCAGGGGUUGCUCCUCCAGGGUCCAAGGGUGGCGCAGGCAAGAAGCCAGCUGAAAAGCCUCUCGUGAAAGGAACAAUCGCGAAGUUGGCAGGAAAGAUUUCGAAGUCCAAGCACAAGGUCAACGUUGAUGAAGACGAUGUGGUCUUCCGGCGUUCAAAGGAGGGAAGGGAUCUUGUCCGUCAAAAGCUUGAGAAGCUGAGGCGUGCAGAUUGGGAGGCCUUUCCGAAGAAUCCAGUGUUUGACAGUGAUGGCAAUAUGCGGAUGAAGCACCCAGCUGCCAAGCUUGCCCCUUUUGAUCGUGUCCUUGAAUUGGGGCCGCUUUGCAUCGAGCACAUGUACAAGACACUGAGGUCGCUAGCAGCUUAUGAUGCGGAAGUGCGGAAGCUUUUCCAGACUAUCGAAUCGCAGUUGUCCCGAAAGGACAAUCCCACCCGGCAAGGAUGGCUGCGCUUGAUUCAUGAAAUUAGCAAUUUCAUUUGCAGCCAGACGCCAGCUGUGCGAUGGCGCCAGCGGGAAGACGUGCCGGAACAUCUGCGGAAUGGUCAUUGGCAGGCGGAUUACAACGCCCUCUCGGCCAAGCAGCGUGUGGCAAUGACCCACGAGUUCUUGGCAGACGUUGAAGUGCUGCGUCAGGCGAGCGUGUGCGUGUGUACCUUCAGCAGUAAUGUGGGGCGUUUGGUCGCACUGCUGAGAGACGGCCCCACCGUGUCCAUGGACAUCGCCGAGUGGACCAACGACUAG